UAAAAUUCGAGAUUGAAUUUGAGCGGCGUGUUUGAGAAGUGAAGGAGAGAGCAAGAGAGCUAAGCAACAGCUCUCCCGCCAUGAACACACUCCUCCAAAUUCUUCCUACCUUCUCUCCUCUCUCUCUAUCCUCCUUCACGCUUCUCCCUUCUUUUCAUUCACACUCAACAAUCCAAUUCCCCAAAUUAGGGUUUUGUUCCCCCAAAUUACUUCGCACCUCUCAAUUUCGCCCUAAUUCUCUCUCCUCCGUCGAAAACCAGCUCUCCGACGCUGAGGAAGAUGAUUAUGACGAUGAGGACGACGAGGCUGCCGAUGAGUAUGACGAUGUUUCCGGUGAUACGGAAGUUUCAGGUGAGUUGGAGGAUGACGACGAAGUUGAGGCUCAAGACGACGAGUUAAACUCGUCGGUUUGGAGUAGUAAUGAUUCUAAGCUAGAGAGAGUUCAGAAGUUGUGCGAUGAAGUCAGAGAAUUUGGUUCUGAAAUUAUUGACGCCAAUGAACUCGCCUCCAUUUAUGAUUUCCGUAUUGACAAAUUUCAGAGGUUGGCGAUAAAGGCAUUUUUGAGAGGCUCGUCGGUGGUGGUUUCGGCGCCGACAAGCAGUGGCAAGACAUUGAUAGCAGAGGCCGCGGCGGUGGCGACCGUAGCUAAAGGAAAGCGGCUGUUCUAUACUACUCCACUCAAAGCAUUGUCAAAUCAAAAGUUCCGCGAGUUUCGGGAUACAUUUGGAGAUAGUAAUGUUGGCCUUUUGACCGGGGAUUCUGCUAUUAAUAAAGAUGCUCCAGUUUUGAUUAUGACAACAGAAAUUUUGCGGAACAUGUUGUAUCAGAGUGUUGGAGUGGUUUCUUCUGGGAGUGGGCUAUUUGAUGUUGAUGUAAUUGUUUUGGAUGAAGUACAUUAUCUAAGUGAUACAUCUCGUGGUACUGUUUGGGAGGAAACUGUCAUUUAUUGCCCGAAAGAAGUGCAGCUUAUUUGUCUAUCCGCAACUGUUGCAAAUCCAGAUGAGUUAGCUGGUUGGAUUGGACAGAUUCAUGGCAAAACAGAAUUGGUUACAUCAUCAAAACGUCCUGUACCAUUGACAUGGCUUUUUUCUACGAAAACCUCUUUGCUUCCACUUCUUGAUGAGAGUGGAACGAGUAUGAACAGGAGGCUUUCAGUCAACUAUCUUCGCCUUUAUGCUUCAGGGGAGAAAUCUCAGAAAGAUGAGGGAUCUAGACGUAGAAAUUCUAGAAGACGUAAAGAUGACAGUGAUCUGGUCUAUGAGGAGUAUGGUAGCUCGUCUAGACAGUCUUCUCUGUCAAGAAAUGACAUAAACAUGAUCCGACGUUCACUAGUUCCUCAAGUUGAAGAUACACUGGAACAUCUUAAAGGAAAGGAUAUGUUGCCUGCAAUUUGGUUUAUUUUUAGCAGAAAAGGUUGUGAUGCAGCUGUUCAGUACCUUGAGGGUUCCAAGCUUCUGGAUGAGUGUGAGAAGGUUGAAGUGGAACUGGCCCUGAAACGAUUUCGUAUUCAGUACCCUGAUGCUGUCAGAGAGCCUGCUGUAAAGGGCCUCCGACGGGGCAUUGCUGCACAUCAUGCUGGUUGUCUUCCCCUGUGGAAAUCAUUCAUAGAAGAGCUUUUUCAGAGGGGCCUCAUUAAGGUUGUUUUUGCCACGGAAACUCUUGCUGCAGGAAUAAAUAUGCCUGCUAGGACAGCUGUUAUUGCUUCACUCAGCAAAAGGACUGAAGCUGGACGUAUCCAGCUAAGAUCCAAUGAGCUGUUUCAGAUGGCAGGCCGUGCUGGACGUCGAGGUAUAGAUGAAAAAGGUCAUGUAGUGCUUAUCCAGAGUCCCUUUGAAGGUGCUGAAGAAAGCUGCGCGCUUCUAUUUUCUGGCAUGGAGCCUCUUGUUUCACAGUUUACUGCUUCAUAUGGAAUGGUUUUGAACCUUCUUGGGGGUGCAAAAGUUACCCGGCGAUCAAAUGAAGCAGAUGGCAUCAAGAUUUCUCAAACAGGACGAACUUUGGAAGAAGCAAGGAAGUUAGUUGAGCAAAGUUUUGGAAACUACCUUGGGAGCAAUGUAAUGCUUGCUUCAAAAGAGGAACUUGGCAGAGUUCAGAAAGAAAUAGAAUUAUUAACUGCAGAAGUCAGUGAUGAUGCUUUUGAUAGGAAAAUCAGGAAGUUGUUGUCAGAAUCAGCAUACCAAGAGAUUACUGGUUUGCAGGAAGAGUUAAGGGAAGAAAAGCGUCUUCGAGUUGAAUUUCGACGGAGGAUGGAACUGGAGAGGAUGGCUUCUAUGAAACCUUUAUUGAAGGAGCUAGGAGAUGGUAACUUACCUUUUUUGUGCCUGGAAUACAAGGAUACGGAUGGCGUUGAGCACUCAAUUAUGGCAGUAUACUUGGCAGAGGUUCAUUCACUCGACGGAUCAAAAUUAAAGAACCUUGUGCAGAAUGAUGGUUCUUUUAACCUGAACAUAGUGGAAACAGAGCUAAGUAGUGAUGCUGCUGGAAGGCUGCCAUGUUUUCAGCCUUCUUAUCAUGUGGCUCUUGGUUCAGAUAAUUCUUGGUAUCUUUUCACUGAAAAAUGUAUCAAAGCAGUAUACAGAACAGGCUUCCCAAACAUGGCUUUGACUGAAGGGGAUGCUUUACCACGGGAAAUUUUGACCAAGCUUGUUGAUAAGGAAGGAAUGGAGUGGGCAAGGCUGGUUGAUAAUGAAUUUGGCAGUUUAUGGCAUAUGGAAGGAUCCCUGGAGACAUGGUCUUGGAGUUUAAAUGUUCCUAUGUUGAGUAGCCUAUCUGAAGAAGAUAAGGCAUCUCACAUGUCACCGACACAACUUGAGGCGGUAGAAUGCUACAGAAAACAAAGAAAUAAAGUUUCACAUUUGAAGAAAAGAAUUACUCGUACUUCAGGCUUUAGAGAAUACAAGAAGGUUCUUGACAUAGCAAAAUUAACCGUGGGAAAAAUAAGGCGCCUGAAGAUCAGAGAAAAACGCUUGACUGAUCGGAUUGAGCGGAUUGAACCCUCGGGGUGGAAAGAGUUUUUGCAGAUUAGCAGUGUUAUUCAUGAAACUAGGGCAUUAGAUAUCAAUACCAAUGUGAUAUUUCCGCUGGGAGAAACUGCAUCUGCGUUGCGAGGAGAAAAUGAACUCUGGCUUGCUAUGGUUCUUCGAGAUAGAGUGCUGCUGGACCUACAACCGACGCAACUAGCUGCUGUCUGUGGGAGCCUAGUUUGUGAAGGGAUAAAACUUCGACCAUGGAAGAAUAACAGCUUUAUUUACGAGCCUUCUUCCACUGUGCUCAACAUUAUAAAUUAUUUGGAGGAGCCAAGGAAUUAUCUUUUGCAUAUUCAAGAGAGACAUGAUGUACAGAUAUCUUGCUGCUUGGAUAGCCAAUUUUCUGGUAUGAUAGAAGCCUGGGCCUCUGGUUUGACUUGGCGGGAAAUAAUGAUGGAUUGCGCAAUGGAUGAGGGUGAUCUAGCUCGACUCCUACGACGGACGAUUGAUUUAUUAGCUCAAAUUCCCAAGUUGCCAGAUAUUGACCCUGUCCUGCAAAGCAAUGCAAAGAUAGCAUCCGGUGUCAUGGACCGUUCACCAAUUAGUGAGCUAGCGGGAUAAUCUUUUCUAUACAGAAAUUAGGUUUUCCAGAGACGGGCAUGAAUACGGGUAUGGAAAAACGAAACAAGAUCUUAAAAUUAAAGGACAUGCAGGCGUAUUUAACUUCAGAGGCUAUGAGUGAGUAGAAGAAGUAAAAUUAAGCAUAUCUCAUGAAGCAAGUCUUGGAUGCUAGUCUGCUAGAGUGCUAGGUAUACUCUUUGGUUCAGUGUACUCCGUAUAUUGCAUUUUCAACAUAUCCGAAUUCAUGUGCCUCAAGCUAGAAGGACUGACUUAUAGGAAUACGCAACAGAGUUUGAAUAUUUUUAGAGCCAAAUAGUUGUAGUUUGGCUGUAAAUACACGAGGGCUACAAGUUGCUGCUCUCGGUUAAUGUAUAGUCUAUUUGUACCGUUGUCUGGUUCAGACAUGAGGGCUUUGUUGUAACUUAGGUGUAUGGUUCGAAUGUAGAAUUACUUGUAAGGAAUGAUGUAGCAAAUCCAGUUUGUAAUCAAAUCACAAGAUUCUAUAUCAAUAAUAAAUAUAAGUGAAGAACCAUUCAUAUA